UGAUUACCUCCAGGAUGUCCUCGUUGGUGGUGUCGGAGAAGCCUGCAGCUCUAACACUUAGUGCAGCCUCUCAUGCAUUCUCCAAUGCCACAGCAACAGACUGAGCCUCGCCAGCCACCGCUUGCCUCUGCCUCCCACCUGGGAUACCCUUCAACAUAUGCUGCCACGCGUGCCGAAUCAUUGCCACAGAUAGCUGCCCCCUUGCCUCCACCAAGAAAUCAAUAGUCUUCUUCACGUUAAACAGCUUCCAGAACUGCUUGACCCGAACGUCAUGGUCCGCCAAAUCUUGUUCAUGUUCCUCGUCCUUGCUCUCGCUAUCGGUGCCACUCUCUAGGUUCUGCAGUUCAUCCUUGGUGUUGGUGUUAGCGGGAACGAAGAUCACUUUUACGUUUGGGUGACGAUCCAGCAAUUGGGGUGAGUGUCCUGGUGCGUUGUCGAGGAGCAACAAAAUGUUGAAUGGCACAUUAUUUUCCACGCAGAAUUUCUUGAUAUUGGGAAAGAGACAGUUGUCAAACCAGGAGAGGGACAGACCAGAGAACAUCCACGCCUUCCCUGAGGUUAGCCAGUAGACAUUUAACUUGCUCAUGUCUAUAUUCUUGUAGGCAUGCAGCUUGCGGGCUUUGUGGAUCACAGACAACUUCAGCUUAGCGGUGCCAGAGGCAUUGGUGGUGAACAGUAUGGUGAUGCGCUCCUGAAUUUUGUGUCCCCGACACUUGCUAACAGACUUGACUACAAAGGUCUUGGAUGGCAACUUCUUCCAGUACAACCCUGAUUCAUCCAUAUUGAACACUUGGUCGUCGGUGUACUGUCCUUCCUCCUUAAUUUCCCGUAAAAAUGGGGGAAAAUUCAUGGCGGCAGCCUGGUCGGCACUUGCUCCUUCUCCGACUAUCUCAAUAUUUGUGAUCUUGUUGCGUCGUUUGAAAUGUUGCAGCCACCCAGCGGAAGCACUGAAGGGCUUGGUCUCUGCAACCCCCAUUUUUCUUGCUACUGCUGCAUAGAGUUCCCAGGCGUAGUCCUGCAGUGCCCGAGUGUCGACCGCCAUGUUCCUUCUCGACUGACGAAUAUGUAGCUUACCGACAAACUCUUACUCUUCAGCAGCACCUUAUUGUGGCAAUAUUUCACCAGCGAGGCACCUACAGACUUGGUAAUGUUCAUGUGUUCAUUGAUUUUGCCGGCAUCCUUCUUGGUAGUGUGGAUCGUCGAUUCAUUCACUCCAUAUUGUCUGGCCAGAUCCACCUGUCUCGAGCCAUUUUCUAACUCCUUGACGAUCUUGUACUUUACCUCAUAGCUUAAGACGCGUCGCACCUUCUUGGGCUUGGGCCAGGUAGUUCAGGGCUUCUCGGGGGUGGUGGGGGUCCAGCGGAAGCCAUUGUGUAGAAAGAAAAAACAAAACCGGUUCCUGGGCACGAGUGAAUAUACGCGGGGACAGUGAGACUGGCGCGGCGGUGGUGGAGAGCGUGGGUGGCAGGGGUGGCAAGGAUAACUAGACCAAUCACAGUGCCCGGUGGAGGGGGUGCGUGGGUGGUAAGGAUACGUGGCCCAAUCACAGUCCACGAUGUCAGCGAUGACGUCAGCUCCCAGCACAUUGCCCUGCUGCUCGCCGCGUAUAUGAUGGCAUUUACCGUGUAAAUAAUAAUUAUCGCUUCUGGGCAGGUGCCGCGUAAAUAAUAAUUAUCGCUUCUGGGUAGGUGCAGCGUAAAUGGCCGUCCGCGUAUAAAAUAUCCACGUAAACCUAGACUAUACUGUACUAUAAUAUGUUGAUUGAUAACUAUUUCUUUUGAAUGGCUUCAUUACUAAAUUAUGCAAUACUGAACAAAAAAAAUUAUUUUUGUCGAGUAAGUCAAAUAAUAAUUUUGCUACAGGAUCCAAAAUGGAGUUACAUGGCUAAGCUUGCGACAGAUGAGGAACGGUAUCAACACACCCGCAAGCUGUGGAAAAGUAUUGUCGUGCCAGACCCCAAUGUAAAUAAUACUUACAGUGGUUACUCGAGGCGGUGGGGAAUUCAAAGAAAUUACUCAGAAGACACCUCAAGUACCACAAGGGUCAAAGUAUCCAAGAAGCGAAAGCAUGAACUGGAGGAAGACAACCCAGAACAGCCACCUAAGAAACGAGCACGUGGCAUUUUAGACAUUCGCUUUAGUGUCCAACGUUUCAAUGAGAGUAUGAGCCUGGUAACUCUGAGCUACAUGGAGGAACAGAAUCUGCAACAUCGCAGUAGUUUUCAGUCCUUGAAGUUGGAGAAGACAUACAACGAGAAGAUCCACCAGCUUAUCAUGGCUCGUGUAGAGAAAAUGGCAACAUCCCAUCCAAAGCGAGAGGAGCGUGAUCCAAUGACAGCGCGCCUCCCUCGGACCAUACCCUCCAAAGCAGCCAAUCACAAUGGAUUUCCCCUUGCUACGUCACAACUCCUCAGCCAAUCUGCACGCCCAGAUGCUGCCUCCUCCUUAGUUUUGGCACGUAUUUUAGCAUCAGGAGGUUAA